UGUACAUGAAAGAUUAAACAUGCAAAAUUGUUAAAGGAUAAAUAUAAUAUCCUGAUAUUUGUGUUAUUUUCUUUGAGUUUAGUAUACAUUUAGUGGAAUUAAUGGAGUGGUAUUUCUCUGCUUUUUGGAUUUAUAUGCAAAUUUAUAUUGAAUCGGGAUGGUCAUGUCCAGCAAGUUCUCCUAGACUAUUUGGAAGGGAAAAUGACCCUAUAAAACUAACGUUGACCACAUCUGUAAACACUCACGGCUUGGUUAACUACCAACUUUGGAAGGACGACAAGAAUUUCAUGACCACUGCAUUCUAUAACGGAGAGGUUGUGCAGCAAGAGCCAUGCGCGCCUGCAGACUGCACGUUCACUGGAAAUGCUGCCAACGGCGACUUUUCCAUCACACUCUCUAAUGUACAGAAAGCGUCAGCAGGAACCUAUAAACUCAUUGCUGUCAUUACCAACGAUGCAAAGGCUUGCACAACACUUUAUGUACUAGGAUCACCAAACCGGCCUACAGUUUCGUCAAACAAGAACCCUUUCGUCGGGGAGAGCGUCAUUGUCACCUGCAGAAGUUCCUCCACAACCACACCGUUAAACCAUGGGCUCAGUUUGUCCUACGAAUGGACAAUAGAUGACCAAACCAACCCAACCUCGGCGCGCUACACAUAUUCUACUUCCAGACACCAACUCGCUAUCUCCAAUGUGCAGAAGACGGACAGCACCAUUGUAUUAAAAUGUUCGGCAGCUGAAGUCGUUACAAACGGAUACACUUCGCCUGAGAGCUUGGGAUUUACCUUCAACGUUCUGUAUGGCCCGGACAGACCACUUUUAAACAUUGCUUCCCCGUUCACUGUGUGGGAAGGGGAAGAAGUCCAAAGAUUCGAAUGUACUUCCGACUGUUGGCCUGGAUGUAAUCAGAAGUGGAUGAACGCUGCAAAUGUUACAAUACAGCAUAAUGGCACACUUGCACUUGGAAUAGGUACCAGGGACAAAACUGGACUAUAUAUAUGCGUCUCAGAAAACAACGGCACAGAAUACAAGAAACAAAACGAGACGUCUUUGAUGUUGAUUGUCGAAUAUGCUCCUGAUGUGGUAAUUAGCCAGUCGACUACUAUAUUGACUGAAAACAACCCGCUUAAUCUUCGCUGCAAGGCAACAGGCGUACCAGCUGUGUACAACUACACGGGCUUUGUGCAGCUUGUUGGUGAUGUCGUGAUCUCAAAUAGUCACGCGGAAAGCCCUGGGGUUAGGGAUACUAUAUCUGUCAACAUCACAUCCCUCCAACUUCAAGAUACCGGGAUUUAUACUUGCAACGUUCAUAAUGGGAUCAUUGGUGUCAACAAACAACUCAUUCAGACAGCAUCGAAAAGGAUCACUGUCCGAGCAUCUCCAAAGUUUUUUGUGAAAGAAACAAACUUCGCCGGAGAACCAUCAGGAAACAUCAUCGUAACCAUUCCCUUUGUUAGCGUUCCUGAAUACACCACCUACACUGUGAUACGAAAAGGUGGAAAACCAGUUUCGACGAAUGGAAAAUAUACUUUACAAAAUAAGAAAGACUUUGUUAAUGCUUUGUUCUACGGAAAACAAGUCACGCUGACUGGAAACGUUUUAAAAAUGAUUAUCACCGACUUGUCCGAAGAAGAGUUUGGGAUAUACAACAUACAGAUUACCAAUAGUAUAGAUACAUCGAAUUUCAGCAUCCAUGUUACGGCUGCAACAAAACCAUCACCUCCAACAGAGCUGAAUCUGACCUCAAAGGACAACACUGUUACGUUUGAAUGGAAAAAGGGUUACAAUGGAGGACGUGAACAAACAUUUGUUUUGCAGGCGUCGCUUUACCCCGAAGGUUCUUGGGUAAACAUUACCAAUAUUCGAGAAACGGAUUCAAAGUAUAUGAAAUACACUGGAAGAUAUCAAGUCAAUCUUACAAACCUAGUUCAAGGAAUAUACUCAGCUAGACUUGUUGCUUUGAAUGGUAUUGGCGCUGCAGAACCUGUUGUAUUUAAAACAACAUUCGAAGUAAUGGAAUUGAACAAAGAAGCUACACCUCAAACAGGUGUCGGCCGUGUCAUAGGAGGAACUGUUGGAGGGAUAGUCGCAGCACUAGUUCUGGUGAUAGUCAUUGUAUUCGCCAUUAGAAGAAAGUACACUUGUGUCUGCGUAGUUAAGCAAGCUAAGUUGGAAGAUCUACAUGAGGACACCCAAAGAGACCAUAUAAUGGAUACACACGGUGCUGCCGAUCCUGGAUACAAUGCAGCUCAGACGUAUGAGACCCUGUCCAUGACAAAGGAAACAGAGUUUUAUGAUGAACUAAGUCAAAGAGAUCAGACAUGAUGAAGUAGUAGUGCAGAGCCACUAUCAUACUACAGGAGUGUUUAAACAGGAGAUACAACAGCGUACAGCGACAUUAUACCGACGUCCCAGGUGCAUACAGUGAUUUAAGUCAAACAAAACACUCCAAAAAGCAACUUGAAAAUUAACACACGUGUCAUGAUUGUUUUGGUAAUAAUGAUAAGUCAACUUUGUGUGUUCAAUUUUGUUUUGUCUACCGGGCCAUGUUGACAUUUUAAGUUUAAAAAAAUCGCAGUAUUGUUGAAUAUAAUCUUCUUUGCUGA